GAUGUUUGCCUAACUACCACAAAGAGUCUCCUAUGGCAGAAUGUUGUGUGAAAAUCGUUAAUGUCAGUCGACUUUAAAAAGUAAAAACAGAAGUCUGAAAGUAACCAUGUCUGCCAAAGUGCUGCACGGUCGUAGAAAGGGACAAGAAAGAGGUGGUCAGAAAAUGCCCAUCGAGCCACAAAAUGCCACCUUACAGUUACCAAGUGGCAAUGACCUACGGCAAGUCACAGUGUUGUCCAAAACUGACUGGGAAAGAAUUCAGCGAGAGUUAAACAGGAGGCAGAUUGAGGAGGAUCGGAUCAGGAGAAUCACAGAAGAACGUGAAGAACAGAGAAAUAGAUCAAAAGAAAUGGUCAAAAACUGGGGCAAUACCAUUGCUGGCCAGAGACAGCGUAAAUUGGAGGCGCGGAAAAUUCGUGAGCGGAGAGAAGAAGAAGAACGAGUGAAAGUUGAUUUGGAGGAAGCUCAAUAUCAGGCUGCACAAAGAAAAGAAGCCAUUGAGAAGGCUAAAACCCAGCAGUACUAUCAAACAGACAGAGUCAAGGCUUUCCAUGGGGCGCUGCUGCUCACGGAGGUGUUGAAGGAACGUGAAGCGCAGUUGGAACUUAAGCAGCUGAAAGAGCGAGCGAGUGAGGGCAAGGAUCAGGAAUGGCUGGAGCUACAACGUAGAGAGUAUGAGGAAGGAAUCCAGAAGGAUCAUGCGAAGGCUGCAGCCAGAAUCGCUGCUGCAAGUGAAACAGCAGCUUUUCAGACAGCACAGAUAAGAGAGCACAUGAUUCAGACAGAGAAGGAAGUUGCUGAUGAUUGUGUUGAGGGCAGUGAGCUGAAGACCCUGGCCAUGCAGCACCAGGUAGAGAAGGAGAGGCUCGAGAACAUCCGUCGGGAUGAGAGGAAGCAGAUGAUGCUGGACAAUCUGCAACAGCAGCAGGAUGUCAUCAAGAUGAGGGAGAUCAACCAGAUGCAGGAGGAGGAGGAAGAUGAGGAGUGCAGAAUAUUCGCUGCAGCCAAGAGGAAGAUGAUGAAGCUGCGUGCUGAGAAGGAGAAACAUAUACACAGAGAGAAGCAGCAGCACCUGGAGAAGAUCCGUGAGAAGCUCGGUGCUCAGAUGAAGGAGAAGCUGGAUGAUGAGGAUGAACGCAUCAAGCGCGCAGAAGAGGAGAUCGAGCAGAAGCGAGCUCUUGACGAUGUAGAGAAGAGCAAGAAGAUUCACAAGAUGAUCCAGGAGUCGGCUGAACACAGAAACAAACAGAUGAAGGAGCAUGAAGAGAUGAAGAAGCAUGAGCGACGUGAGGAACUUGAGAUGGUCCAUCUACGAAAAGCUGCUGAUGAAAUUUUCCAAAGAAAUGAGGAGGAGAAGCAGCUAAGGAAGAGGACCAAUGCUGCUGAGCUGAAGGACUUCCAUCAGAAGCAGUUGAAUGACCGUCGCAUCAUUGAGUCCAUGAUCCGCCAGGACCAGUUGGCACUGGACAAAGCCAACAUGGACCUCCUGGACAUUGAAGAACGGCAGUUCCAGGAGUACGCCAACAAGGUGAUUGACCACUGCGAGAAGGGUGGUCGCAACGUGUACCCGCUACGUAAGGCAGCCAAGCAGGGAGCUGGGGGAGGCGCAGGACCAAUAUUUGCAGGGAAGGGAGGAAUCCGUCCUAGCUACAUGGCCUGUGACAAGACCGGUGUUCAGAUGCCUCACUACCAGAGGGACUCCACCAACGAGACCAAGGAUCUCAUUAACGCCCACGGCAACACAAAGAAACGGAUGGGUUUUGUGUGGUGAACACGUCUAAUGUUGAACCUUUCUGAAUGAAUAUAAUAAAAGAUUACUCGAAAUUGAAUACAUUUAAUGGUCAGUUUUUUUAAGAAAUCUUGGGCCAAUCCCACUAAGCAGUGUAGUGUAAUGACUGGCUAAGUGUUAAAGUCUAUGUUACAUUGUUGGAGUCAUGCUAAUAUUUAAUUUUGUGGGACUGGUCUUUGAUUAUUUUAUCAUAUUAUUGUGACCAUGUUUGGGCAUUUAGGGAAGUCUUUUGUCAGUUUAUUUCCAAAUGUUCAAUUCUAUUUAUUUUUCAAUGUGACAUAAAACCCAACAGCCUUAUACAUUUCACAAGCCUCCUCCUGUACAUUCACCAACCAGUAUGUAGCGACGUUAUUUGUGAUCUUGUUACAUCUUGGUACCACAGUGGUCUCUGACAUUUCCAAUGUUGUAUCUAUACUCGUUUGUCCUUUUAUCCUUGUGAAACUCUCUCGUGUGGAAAUUCGAUAUUUGAAUUAAUACAUUUGAAAAGUAUAUUUUGUGCUUUAUAAACCAUAAACCAACUGGCUUUUCAGUAAAACUUUGUACAUAUUGAAUAUCCUCCUGUGACCAUGAUUACUCUCAAGAUUUUAUCAACUGUUUUUCUCAGUGGGUCAUGUGUGAAUUCGUUAAAACCAGGGAAUGUUUUCCACUAUUUUUCGCAUUGCUGCAUCAAUAUUUUGUCUCUACAUCAAUACUGAUGUAGUGGAUGCGUAGCGGAAUGGCCGUUUAUUGAGUGUCGGAAACACUAGAGACCUGUAGUACUACAGCACAGUGUGUGUAUCAAUACAUGUGUGAAGUUGGUGGAGCCUCAGCACCUGUAUACAACAAACUGUGAUAUCAGCUGUCAUCUCUGGAUAAGUGGUAAAUAAAUCUCCUUGCCAAGCUGGGUAAGUGAACAUCAAAUAGUUUAUUUCCUUUGUUUUACUACAUCCGGAGUUGACUGUACUUGUAAAAUAACUCUCAAUAAAAUAUAUUAACUGGA